CCCGUCGGUGGAUGAUCCCCGAUCCUGUUCGCUUUUCAGAUCUGACAAUCUCCACUGCGGACUGAGAAUUUCAUAUCCCCACUUCGCCCAAGAAGAAGAAGAAGAAGAAGAAGAAGAUCAAUUCGCCGUCGGCGCCAAUACCUCAAACUCCACAGAUCCGGGCGCCCUCUAAUGGCGCGCUUCCCGCUGGCGAUUCUUGCGAUCCUCGUCUCGCCGUUGUUGUUCUCCGCACUCGCUCUCUCCAAAACCCUCAAGCGCGACGUGAAGGCAUUGAAUGAAAUUAAGGCGUCACUUGGGUGGAGGGUGGUGUACUCAUGGGUCGGGGAUGAUCCUUGUGGCGACGGUGAUCUGCCGCCUUGGUCUGGCGUGACGUGCUCCUCUCAGGGAGAUUAUAGGGUUGUGACCGAAUUGGAGGUUUAUGCAGUCUCAAUAGUAGGGCCUUUUCCAACAGCUGUUACCAAUUUGCUGGAUCUGACAAGGCUGGAUCUCCAUAACAACAAAUUGACAGGGCCUAUUCCUCCUCAGAUUGGACGGUUGAAGCGUCUCAAAACACUUAACUUACGAUGGAAUAAGCUGCAAGAUGUGAUUCCUCCAGAGAUUGGUGAACUGAAGAGCCUGACACAUUUAUAUCUUAGCUUCAAUAGCUUUAAGGGAGAAAUUCCUGCAGAACUUGCUAAUCUUCCUGAACUUCGAUAUCUCUAUUUGCAAGAGAACCGUUUGACGGGGCGAAUUCCGCCAGGAUUGUGCAUCUUGCCAAAUCUGCGUCACCUGGAUAUUGGUAACAAUCAUUUGGUAGGUACUUUGAGGGAACUGACACGAAAUGAAGGCUGCUUUCCGGCCUUGAGGAACUUUUAUCUGAAUAACAACUAUUUUACUGGAGGUAUUCCAGCACAGCUUGCUAAUGUCACCAACUUGGAGAUUUUGUAUUUAUCCUACAACAAAAUGUCAGGAAUUAUACCAGCCGAAAUUGCUCGUAUUCCUAAACUAACAUUCUUAUAUUUGGAUCACAAUCAAUUUUCCGGAAGAAUUCCUGAUGCUUUCUACAAACACCCGUUCUUGAAAGAAAUGUACAUCGAAGGAAACUCAUUCCGACCAGGUGUAAAGCCAAUCGGAGUUCACCGAGUUCUUGAACUUUCUGACUCGGAAUUUCUGUUUUAGUUUAAGAGAACAACGAGCUUUUGAUUACAUAGGAUCAUGUCAAUACCUGGGGAAGCUAGUAUAAUUAGUUGAUGCAAGCCAAAUGGUAAUAAUGUUCGUUACGCAAUAUUUUUUGUGCAAUAGGGGGUUAUUAAUUUUGUUCAUAU